AGAAUUUCUUUUGCCAAAACGCAAGUUCGGAUCCCGCUCCCGAACCUCAUAGAGACCCAAAAACUGGCAUAUGAUGCCUUCUUACAACGAAAUGUCCCACCCAAUGAACGUCCGGAGACUGGCCUCCAAGCGGUGUUUAAGGAAAUAUUUCCGAUUCGCGACUUUUCGGAGGUUAACAGUCUUGAGUUUGUCAGUUACAGCCUUAGCGCACCGAAAUAUACUCUUCAAGAAUGCGUCGCACGCGGUGUAACGUAUCAGGUAUCCCUCACUGCGCGUAUUAUGCUUGUCGUACGUGAGGCGGACGCAGAUGCAGAUGAACCUCAUGUUGUAGAUAUCCGCGAAUCUGAUGUGUAUCUCGGCGAAGUCCCGUUAAUGACUGAGAAUGGCAGCUUCAUUGUCAAUGGUAGUGAGCGUGUAAUAGUGAGCCAGCUGCACCGUUCACCGGGCGUGAUUUUUCUUGAAAAAUCAUUGCCGACGGGGCGGACACCGACUGCCCAAAUUAUCCCGUAUCGAGGGGCAUGGGUUGAAUUUGAAAUAGACACUAAAGAUCAGAUUUACGUCCGCAUUGACAAGCGUAAAAAACUACCUGCUACUGUGCUACUUCGGGCACUCGGUUGGGAGUCGGACGCGGAUAUCCUGAAGCUUUACGCCAAAACGGAACGGCUUGUGCUUGCUGGAUGGCAGGUUACCCAUGCAGAAGGCCCAGCAAAACAACUCAAAUCAGGUGAUUUGUUAGAUGCUGCGGAUUUUCGACAAGCCAGCACGGAUUACCCUGAUCUUGAAGUAGAGAGAUGUUAUCGCGUUACGGAAGUAACUGCUGAACAGAUUUUGUCCCAAGAUAGUCAGGAAAGUGUCGGUAGAGUCUGUGCUGAAGACAUUAUCAACCCAGAGACUGGUGAAGUGCUCCUCACAGCGAAUACGUUGCUGACUGAAACAGAACUGGAACGCCUCGGUGAGGCUGGCGUUGAGGCACUCACAGUACUGGAUGCGGAGGAUUGCCAGCACAUCCGAUUUUUACGUAAUACGUUGGAGCGCGACCGACAGGCGGACUAUGAUGCCGCACUGCUUACAAUUUUCCGCACGCUGAGACCCGGAGAUCCCGCUGGUUUAGAGAACGCUCGUAAACACCUUUCAUGGCUGCUCUUUGACGCACACCGAUACGAUUUAGGUGUGGUUGGACGGUACAAACUGAAUCGAAAAUUCCAGAAUAUUCCCGUUUAUGGUGAGCCACCUGAAGAGACUUUGCGCACGCUCCGUCCCGAAGAUAUUGCCGCUACGGUAGAUUAUCUUCUUAAAGUCCACAACGGGAUUGCUCCGAAAGACGAUCUUGAUCAUCUCGGUAAUCGCCGCGUGCGUGUUAUCGGUGAGCUACUCGAAAACCAGUUCCGAAUGGGUUUAUUUCAGAUUCGCAGAACCACGCGCGAACGCUUGAGCACCGACAACGAUAUUGCGAAGGUCGUCCCGUCUUCACUCGUAAACCCGAAACCGCUGAUGAUGGCACUCCGAGAAUUCUUUGGAUCGAACCAGCUGUCACAGUUUAUGCAACAGAUUAAUCCGUUGGAUGAAUUGACGCACAAACGUCGUAUCUCAGCGAUUGGUCCAGGUGGACUUCACCGAGAUAGGGCAACAGCAGCUGUUCGAGAUGUGCAUCGAACACACUAUGGUCGUGUCUGCCCCUUGGAGACGCCUGAGGGUCCGUCAAUCGGUCUCAUCGUUUCUUUGGCGUGUUAUGGGCGGAUAAAUCCUUACGGCUUUAUAGAGACUCCUUAUCAUAGGGUUGAUGAAGAUGCGAAGUUAGGUCCAGUGGAAUAUCUCACAGCAGAUAGUGAGGAUACUGCGCACAUUGCUGCAAGGGCGACUCAGCGCAAUGGUAAACAAACUGGAGACGAUCUGUUACCUGUCCGAAGUGGUGAGGAUGUACUGUCGCUCCCGAUGGAAAAAGUGGACUAUAUCGGAGUUUCCCCACAGCAGAUAGUUGGCAUUUCUGCUGCGCUUGUUCCGUUUCUGGAACACGAGGACGCAAACCGUGCGUUGAUGGGUGCUAAUCACCAACGUCAGGCAGUGCCACUUGUUCGUCCAGAAGCACCGCUUGUCGGAACGGGGAUGGAAGCACCGGCUGCGCUGUAUUCAGGCGCGCUCAUCACCGCUAAGCGAGCCGGGACCGUCACAAGUGUUUCCGCCGAUGAGAUUCUCAUAUAUACUGGCGAAACACUUCAUCAUGACCAGGUGGGCUACGAUGUCUACAAGCUCCAGACAUUCAAACGGAGUAACAGCGGCACCUGUAUCCACCAGCACCCUAUCGUGGCAGUGGGCGAUAUAGUUGAAGCCGAACAGGUUAUUGUAGACGGUACAUCUACAGAGAAUGGUGAACUCGCUCUUGGGCGGAAUGUGCUGUGUGCUUAUAUGCCGUGGGGUGGUCACAACUACGAGGACUCUAUCCUGAUAAGUGAAACACUCAUCAAGGAGGAUACCUUUACCUCUAUCCACAUUGAAGAAUUUGAAGUGGAGGCACGUGAAACGAAAGUGGGCCCGGAGGAAAUCACCCGUGAUAUUCCAAACGUUAGCGAGCAGCGACUCACACAACUUGAUGAAGAGGGUAUUAUUCGCGUUGGAAGCGUUGUGGGUGCAGGAAGCAUCCUCGUCGGAAAAAUUACACCCAAAGGUGAAAGCGAAUAUGGUCCCGAAGAGAAGCUUUUACGCGCGAUCUUUGGUGAAAAAGUCAAAGAAGUAAGGGAUGCUUCGACUUAUGUACGCCCCGGAGUUGAAGGUGUCGUCAUUGAUGUAAAAGUGUUUUCCCGUAAGCCGGAUGGUGCCUCCCGUCGUGGAAGUUGGACACCAAGUGACUCAGGGUUAUCGACGGCUGACAAUUUGCGGUAUGAAUCGAAACGCAAGGAGAUUGAGGAGACUUGGCGUGAGCAGAUUGCUUCUAUCCGUCGCCGAAAAAUCGAAGAGACUCGCAACACACUCAUCGGAUGUGAACUUGCUGAUUCGCUUUACAUGGUUAAUGGAACUAAAGGUGAUGCUAACGCUAAACCCUUCGCUAAUGCUGGUGAUAUCCUGACAGCUGGGGUUUUGGACGCUUAUGUUUCCGGUUUCACUGCAGAUGCGUACCACCUGGUAACCGAAGAUGCAAACUCUGAAGCUUUUAUCGCUGAAGCAUGUUAUAGGGUAACGGACGUACCUGAACUAAUCCCUACUAUUGUGGUUCAUCCUUCGAAUUCUUCAGCAGUGCCAGGAUACCUUAGCGAAGUGUGCAAACCGAUUUUGGGAAGUACUGAGCCAUUCUUGCAGGAAGCGGAACCUAAGGAAUCGGGGUUACAAACCCCUCCUACAGAAAAUGCUGAUGUUGUGCUUCACGGUUACGAUAGCAGUGUGAUUGCUAUUGCUGUGUGUGAGGAAUCGGGGUUACAAACCCCUCCUACAGAUGAUGACACUGAAAACGGGUAUCAUUCCGAGCAUCUGAUGGAGAUGCUUGCUGCAGCAGGAGCACGAUUUUGUGUAUUGGUAACCGACGGUGAGUCAGAACCCGAUAACUGGGAUUUCUAUGAACUCGUAGAUUUGACCAGCGACUCGCCUCCGACACAAGACUCAGAAGCACGAGUCGCUGAUCAAACUGUGUUGCAACCGUGUGCACGUUCUGAGUUUGAAAUUGGAGUUACCGCAGAACUUGAAGCCACUGGUUGCCCUGUUGUUGAGACGCAGAGACUAAACGAGGAAGAAUGGGCGAACUUCAGUCAGGCUUAUCCCGGUUUACAAGCCGAAUUAUUCUGGCAAAUUAAGGAAGUUUUUGAUCCCACAUGCCCAGUGACCGAAGGUCAAGAACUCUCCGACACCGAUUAUCUGCGAGUAUCCAGAAAUUAUCCCGCACGUCCUAUAGCAGUCGGGCAGCGGUUGACUGCGGAUGAACUGGCAUCACUCAACCGGACCAUCAAGGAUUUGAAAGCCGACGCCGUCUGGCACAUUACCGCUGUUUUUGACCCGGCGUGUACACUGUCUGUUGGAGAACAUGUUUCUGAUGCUGACUAUCAACAGGCGCGUAAAUCAUGUAGCCUGACUUUUUCAGACAUCCAUGUUCCCAAUGCCAAUGCCAGAGAGCAUAUCCAGCGUGUUGAAGAGAUGGCGCAAGGCAGGAUAACCACUUACACUGAGGAGAAAGAACGAGCACUUCAGCAGUUAGAGAUGGGUGAUGAACUGAAACCAGGAGUCAUCAAACGCGUCAAAGUCUAUGUCGCAAGCAAGCGCCCGAUUUCUGUCGGCGAUAAGAUGGCAGGUCGCUACGGCAACAAAGGUGUUAUUGCCAAAAUUUUGCCUGCUGAGGAUAUGCCCUAUCUCCCGGAUGGCACCCCGGUUGAGUUGGUACUGAACCCGUUAGGUGUGCCUUCUCGAAUGAACGUCGGUCAAAUCUUGGAAAUUCACCUCGGAUGGGCAUGUCAUGAACUCGGUAUCCGAGUGGCGACCCCUGUAUUUGAUGGUGCAACAGAGGGCGAAAUCUUUGAGAUGCUCGGUAAGACCGAUCUCCCGAAACGCAGUAAACAGUCCGGUAAAAGCAUCCUUUUUGAUGGUAGAACUGGUGAUCCGUUUGCACAGGAAGUAACGGUGGGUUACGUCUAUUUCCUCAAACUGAACCACCUUGUUGCUGAUAAAAUGCAUGCUCGCUCAACAGGACCUUAUUCUCUUGUUACACAGCAACCGUUGGGUGGCAAGGCACAACACGGGGGUCAACGACUCGGCGAGAUGGAGGUCUGGGCAUUGGAGGCUUAUGGUGCAGCACAUACGCUCCAAGAAAUGCUCACGCUCAAAUCAGAUGACGUUCUUGGCAGAAGAGAGAUUUACGAGUCGGUUGUGAAAGGGUUAAACCCUGAACCGCCCGGUACACCGGAAUCAUUCAAAGUUUUGGUCCGCGAACUCCAAACCCUUGGGCUUUAUGUAUCCCUCGACAAGGAUGAAGACUGCUUACUUCAGCCUUCGAGCCAUUCGGUAAUCAUCUUUGAAGUGUGUUUCUCAAAUCCGCCUGCGCCGUUGUUGCAGGCUACCGGUUUCGUUUAA